CUUUGUGUCGUGCGCAAUAGUUAUCAUAAAUUCCAUUACCAUUUUGUUUCAACAGAAUAAAAUGUAUUCAGAUUCACGACGUGGUGGAGGUAUGUCUCGUGGAUAUGGAAAUGGUCAAAAUGGUGGAUCAAAUAACCGAUCAUUCAAUAAUUAUAAUCGUGGACGAGGAAUGAAUAAUGGACGUAACAAUCGCGGCGGUGGAAAUUCAUUUCGAGGUCGCUCUAACUAUGGAAAACCUAAUGAUUAUGUGGCAAAAAAUGUUAAUGGUGGAACCUUGAAAACUAAACAAUGGGAUAUGUCUGCGUUGCAACCAUUUAAAAAGAAUUUUUAUUUUCCAAAUGCAUCGAAUCGUCGCAGUGCUGAAGAUAUUCAAACUUUCCGAGAUUCUCAAGAAAUUACACUCAAGGGCUCUAACAUCCCAAACCCUAUACAAUAUUUUGACGAGGGAAAUUUUCCUGCAUAUGUUUUACAAGGUCUUUCAAAAAUGGGUUAUUCAGUACCGACGACUAUUCAAGCUCAAGGUUGGCCAAUUGCUCUAAGUGGUGGAAAUCUUGUUGGAAUUGCCCAAACGGGCUCAGGAAAAACGCUUGCCUAUAUAUUACCGGCUAUGGUGCAUAUUAACAACCAACCUCCGUUAGAACCUGGCGAUGGUCCAAUUGCAUUAGUUCUUGCACCAACACGAGAGCUUGCUCAACAAAUCCAACAAGUUGCAAAUGAUUUCGGCAAAUUUGCGUCCAUUAAUAACGCAUGCAUAUUUGGUGGUGCCCCAAAAGAGGGACAAAGCAGAGAUCUUGCACGCGGUGUUGAAAUUAUAAUCGCAACACCAGGUCGAUUGAUUGACUUUUUGGAACGUGGUACAGUAAAUUUGGCACGCUGUACAUAUCUUGUACUUGAUGAAGCUGAUCGAAUGUUAGAUAUGGGAUUUGAGCCACAAAUCCGUAAAAUUAUUCAACAAAUCCGACCAGAUAGACAAGUUCUUAUGUGGUCAGCUACGUGGCCCAAAGAGGUGAAAGCUUUGGCUGAAGACUUUUUGCAUGAGUAUACUCAAUUAAAUAUUGGAUCGUUAGGAUUGAGUGCUAAUCAUAACAUUUUACAAAUUGUGGAUGUUUGUAAGGAGCAUGAAAAAGAUAUGAAAUUGCGUCGUUUGUUAGAAGAAAUAUCGUCCGAAAAAGAGAACAAGACUAUUAUUUUUGCGAAAACUAAACGAAAAUGUGAAGAAAUUGUCCAAAAUGUUACUAACGAUGGUUGGUCUGCAGCGGCGUUACAUGGUGAUAAAAAUCAAAAUGAGCGUGAAUAUGUAUUGGCUGAAUUUCGUUCAGGACGUAUUAUAAUAUUGGUUGCUACUGAUAUUGCAGCUCGUGGACUUGAUGUUGACGAUGUUAAAUUCGUUAUUAAUUACGAUUUUCCACAAUCGUCAGAAGAUUAUAUUCACAGAAUUGGAAGAACUGGACGUUCAGAGCGUACCGGUACUGCGUAUGCAUUUUUUACAUCAUCAAAUGCACGUCAUGCAAACGCGUUAAUAUCCGUAUUACGUGAAGCGAAUCAAGAAGUCAGCCCUAAAUUAAUUGAAAUUGCUGAUUCAUUGAAAAAUGAAUAUGGUAAUCGUGGAAAAUUUCGUAAUAAUCGUGGUGGAGCAAAUGAUGGAAGUGCUUUACCAACGAGAUUUGGUAAAAUAUCUUCAGGUGGAAAAAAUAUGCGGGGAAACGUAUCAAAUAAUGGUGGGAAUCGUUAUAUAAAUAAUGGGGGCUCGAAUACAAACAUGAGAUCGGUUCCUACUACCCAUAAAUAUAAUUCGCAAGUUCCCCCACCACAAUAUAAUAUGUACGAUGCUUAUGAUGCACAAGAUCAGUAUUAAUUUUUUUGGGAUAAAAUUUUACUUCGUAACAAAACUUAAUUAACUAAGUCAAUUUUUUAGGGAUAUGUUUUAGUUUUAAUUAGAAAAC